AUGCCGUACCUUGGCUCCGAGGACGUGGUGAAGGAGCUGAAGAAGGCUCUGUGUAAUCCUCACAUUCAGGCUGAUAGGCUGCGCUAUCGGAGUGUCAUCCAGCGAGUGAUUAGGCACAUGACUCAAGGGGUGGACAUGUCUGGUGUUUUUAUGGAAAUGGUGAAAGCUAGUGCCACUGUAGAUAUUGUUCAGAAGAAGUUAGUUUAUCUCUACAUGUGUACCUACGCUCCCUUGAAACCAGAUCUGGCUCUCCUGGCCAUCAAUACACUGUGCAAAGACUGUUCGGACCCCAACCCAAUGGUGCGAGGGCUGGCAUUACGGAGCAUGUGUAGCCUCAGGAUGCCUGGUGUGCAGGAAUAUAUCCAACAACCAAUUCUCAAUGGUCUGCGGGAUAAGGCUUCGUAUGUCAGGAGGGUAGCAGUCCUUGGCUGUGCCAAGAUGCAUAAUCUUCAUGGAGACUCUGAAGUGGAUGGUGCCCUGGUAAAUGAAUUAUAUAGUUUGCUGCGUGACCAGGAUCCAAUUGUGGUUGUGAACUGCCUGAGGUCUCUAGAGGAAAUUCUGAAACAGGAAGGAGGUGUUGUCAUCAAUAAGCCCAUCGCCCACCAUCUCUUAAAUCGAAUGUCAAAACUGGACCAGUGGGGCCAGGCUGAAGUCUUGAACUUUCUGCUCCGCUACCAACCCCGAAGUGAGGAGGAGCUGUUUGACAUUCUCAAUCUGUUGGACAGUUUUCUCAAGAGCAGCAGCCCAGGAGUGGUGAUGGGAGCCACCAAACUCUUUCUGAUCUUGGCCAAAAAAUUCCCGCACGUGCAGACCGACGUGCUCAUGCAAGUCAAGGGCCCUCUGCUGGCCGCCUGUUCUUCCGAGAGCCGAGAGCUCUGCUUCGCUGCCCUCUGCCACGUGCGCCAGAUCCUGCACAGCUUGCCGGGUCACUUCAGCGGCCACUACAAGAAGUUUUUCUGCUCCUAUUCGGAGCCCCACUACAUCAAGCUCCAGAAGGUGGAGGUGCUGUGUGAACUGGUGAACGACGAGAAUGUGCAGCAGGUGCUGGAGGAGCUGCGAGGGUACUGCACCGACGUGUCCGCCGACUUCGCGCAGGCCGCCAUCUUCGCCAUUGGUGGCAUCGCCAGGACCUACACCGAUCAGUGUGUGCAGAUUCUAACAGAGUUGCUGGGGCUUCGACAAGAGCACAUUACCACAGCGGUGGUGCAGACUUUCCGAGACCUGGUAUGGUUGUGUCCUCAAUGCACAGAAGCUGUGUGUCAGGCCCUGCCCGGCUGUGAGGAGAACAUUCAAGAUAGUGAGGGGAAGCAGGCACUUAUCUGGUUACUCGGUGUCCAUGGGAAGAGAAUCCCCAAUGCUCCUUAUGUGUUGGAAGACUUCAUAGAGAAUGUGAAGUCGGAGACGUUCCCAGCUGUCAAGAUGGAGCUGCUCACAGCUGUGCUGCGCCUCUUCCUCUCUCGCCCAGCUGAGUGCCAGGACAUGCUAGGCCGCUUGUUACACUACUGCAUAGAGGAAGAAAAGGACAUGGCGGUACGAGAUCGAGGUCUCUUCUAUUAUCGCCUCCUCUUAGCGGGCAUCAAUGAAGUAAAGCAGAUCCUGUGUAGCCCUAAAUCUGACCCUUCCCUCAGACUUUUGGAGGAUCAGGCAGAAAGACCUGUGAACAGCUGGGCCUUGGACUUCAACACUCUGGUGCCAGUCUAUGGCAAAGCCCGCUGGGCAACCAUCUCUAAAUGCCAGGGAGUAGAACAUCAUGGCCCAGAGCUUCCUAACACUACAGCCUUUCCCACAUCAGGACCCCUGAUUCCCGAGGAGAACAAAGAGAGGGUCCAGGAACUCCCUGAUUCCGGAGCCCUCAUGCUCAUCCCCAAUCACCAGCUUACUGCUGAGUGUUUUGAGAAAACUUGGCUGAGCCUCCAAGUUGCUCAUCAGCAGGCGUUCCCGUGGCAGGGAGCAGUCCAUCCUGACACCCUGCAGAUGGCGCUGCAAGUCGUGAACAUCCAGACCAUCGCGAUGAGCCGGGCUGGGACUCAGCCAUGGAAAGCCUACCUCAGUGCUCAGGACGACACUGGCUGUCUGUUCCUAACAGAACUGCUGUUGGAGCCUGCGAACGUGCAAAUGCAGAUCUCAGUGAAACAAAGCGAGGCAGGGACAGAGACACUGAAGAGUUUUAUUUCUGUUUUAGAAACUGUGAUCGGAACGCUUGGAGACAUAAAAUCAUAA